AUGAACAAUACCCCACAAGUGGUGAAUGAGGGCGCAUCGCCCGGCAAAUUCAAGCCCUCCCGCACGGUGGAUGAAGGGGAGGCGAGCUUCAAGGAGUCCUACCCGAUGGCCCUCAUGGGCACCCGGGAUGGCAAGGAGUACUUUGGCCGACUGAGUUGCUUGACCAAGAUGGCGGCGACCUUUCCAGCCGUUGCCUAUGGUGGCUUGAGGUACUUCGAAACUGGAUACAUGAAGAAGUUUUACACGGACGACUACCCUCGUGCUUCGUUAAGCAUCAUGUCGACCUUUCUGAUCUUGGCCACCUUGCUCGACCUGGUGUGGGACCCAUUUGUCGCAGCUCUGACUGACGGGACCCGCCGAGUCUGCGGCCGAGACUGGGGACGGCGACGACCCUUCCUCGUCGUGGCGAGCUUCAUCGUCACUCUCUUCUACGCCUUGGGCUUUUCUCCGCCUGCCAUCCUUUCGGCACAAGCUCAGCAGGAUGCGGAGGCGUGGUACGCUCAGCAUGGGGAUGCGCAGGCGCCAGUCUUCAACUCCCUGCCGGCUGCGGAGUGUGGUUCGGCGUGUUCCACAUUCUGGUCAAGGUGGUAUCAGACGCAGUGCAAGACAUCCCACAUGGGGCGCUGCUGGUAG